AUGAUAAAUAACUUAUUUUCUAUUUUUGACCCAUCAACUAAUAUUUUUAACUUACCAUUAAAUUGAAUAAGAACUUUUAUUGGAUUAAUAUUCAUCCCAUUUUCUUUUUGAUUAAUUCCUAAUCGUCAUUUUUUUUUAUGAAAAUUUAUUAUUACAAAACUUCAUAAUGAAUUUAAAAUUUUACUUAACUUUAAAAAAAAUAAAGGAUCAACUUUAAUUUUUAUUUCUUUAUUUUCUUUUAUUUUAUUUAAUAAUUUUUUAGGACUUUUUCCUUAUAUUUUUACAAGAACUAGUCAUCUAACUAUUUCCUUAACCUUAUCUUUAUCUUUAUGAUUAACAUUUAUAUUAUUUGGGUGAAUUAAUAACUCAAAACAUAUAUUUAUUCAUAUAAUCCCACAAGGAACACCAAGAAUUUUAAUACCAUUUAUAGUAUUAAUUGAAACAAUUAGAAAUAUUAUUCGACCUGGAACUUUAGCUAUUCGUUUAACAGCUAAUAUAAUUGCUGGUCAUUUAUUACUAACUUUAUUAAGAAGAACAGGAAAUUCAAUAAGAAAUUAUUUUUUAUUAUUUUUAAUUAUUGUUCAAAUUUUAUUAUUAAUUUUAGAAAGAGCUGUAGCAGUAAUUCAAUCCUAUGUUAUUACAAUUUUAAGAACCCUUUAUUCUAGAGAAACCAAUUAA